GACCGAGCCGAACUGAAAAGAAAUCCUGCCUGCCCGGCGGCAACGCAUCUCUCCGGCUCGCCCCGCUGCUCGAAUGAUCGGCGGCUCAGGCCGCGGCAGGCGGCGGGGGCGCGCGCCGGCGUCCCUGUCCACGACCACCUCCGCCCGCCGCACCGACCACUCCGUCUCCUUCUGGUAUUGCGACUGCAAGAUAUAUGGCUUCAAUGACACCCUAUCCAGUUUGGGGUCGAAAUAUGCUAGAUUCAUGAGAGGAUGGUUUUCCAUAGGCGCUUAUUUCUCCCUCAUUGCUUUAGUCGGUAUAUCCUUGAUGCUACUUUGGGAGUCAAUUGGUGUGUUUUAUUUCCGGAGUGGAUGUCUUAGUGCCUGGUUAAAGAACCUACUGACUUCAGGGCACAGCAUAUCUAUUAUGGAUACCACAAUCAUCAUAAUGUCAACAAUCUUGUCUAUUGCUUUUCAUGAAUUCGGACAUGCCAUUGCAGCUGCAAGUGAGGGAGUAGAGAUUGAGUAUGUUGCCAUAUUUGUCGCUGUACUUUUUCCUGGAGCAUUUGUUGCUCUGAACUAUGACCUACUGCAGAAUCGGCCUCUCUUUUCGAUGCUCCGGAUUUAUUGUGCAGGAAUUUGGCAUAAUGUUGUGCUCUGUGCAGUAUGUGUGCUGAUGGCAUCAUUACUCCCAGUGGUGUUAUAUCCUCUUUAUGUGAGUGGUGAUGGCCUUAUGGUCACGGGAAUCCCACGAACAUCUCCUCUGUCAGAAUACUUGUCUGUUCAUGAUGUUAUCCUCUCUGUGGAUGGUCUGAAAAUAACAAGAACUGAUGAGUGGAUCAAGAUUCUGAACCAAGAUACUACAGCAAAAUCCAGCGGUCCUGAGUUCCUUGAAGGCUCCCAGAGAUAUGUUGCCACCAAUUCUGGCAAGGGUUAUUGUGUGCCUGAUUCGUGGGUGGAUGCAAGCAAAAAUCUCUGGCAGAUAAGAGACAAGCUGCCCUGCCCAGCUGAACUGAUAGCCUUUGAAAAAGCUAUCUCUAAUGACUCAGCCAUUUUCACCGAGAAGAUCGGCAGAGGUAGUGACCAGAAGGAAGUUGAGGGAACAUAUUGCUUAAUUGCAAAAGAUGUAGUAAAGCUUAGAAAAUGUGGAAACGGGUGGCAGACGACUGAAGAUGACGGAACAUGUUUUGAGGAUGAGUACUGCUUGGUACCUGCUCUGACCCCAGGCUUUUCAUGGAUUGAGGUCUCCUAUGCCAAGCCAUACUCUUUGGGCUGUUUACAAAGAGGAGGAAAUUUAUCAUCAUCAUCACAUGCUACAAAUAGUGACCGUGGACAUAGUCCUUGUGAGGGAUCUUUUGUUUAUCUGGGUGAUCUGUUAUCAGCAGCGCAUUCUGUUAGGUUAUCCCCCUACCGGCCUCGAUGGCCACUCCUUUUACUUGCAGAUGUCCCAUAUAUCUUGGGAAAUGGUUUAAGUAGUUUGCUUCAUGCGUCUGCGGCAUUGGCUGUAGUCAAUAGCAUACCGGUGUAUUAUCUGGAUGGGGAAGCCAUUUUGGAGGCUAGCUUAAGCUACGUAUCUUGGUUUUCCCGGAGACAGCGACACGAAAUUCUGAAAGUUUGCCGCUUUGUAUGGACAGUUUUAUCCAUUAUUACAUUCUCAAGGAUUUUUUAUUCAACUACACUAUUUUAUGGUUUUGUAUAAUUACCGUGGAAUUUUUGUACUGAACAAAGAGGAAAAAUCCUUUCAUGAUGCAUGGCAAUUGUAUGGUGUAUCCUGUAUGAGCUAUUACUAUACACAAUUGAUAGAACACUGAAGCAUAGUUGGCGAAUCAAA